CAGUGACAUCCGUGAUUAACGCAAGCACAUCGUUCAUUUUACAAGGUCACAAUGCCGAAAAAACUAUUUUACUUCAAUUUGAACGGUCUAGCCGAACCAAUAAGGUACAUUCUUCAUUACACCAAUCAAAAGUUUGAAGAUAUCAGGUACGACGUCUACACAUGGCCUGACCCAAAAAUAAAAGCAACUCUUCCCUACGGCCAGUUUCCUGUAUAUGAAGAAGAUGGCCGCAUCCUCACUCAGUCUCUAGCCAUCACCAAGUAUGUGGCGAGGGGAACAGAUCUAGUACCAACAGAUCCUUGGGAUAAUGCUGUCAUAGAAAGUACCCUAUUCUCCAUCUUGGAUUACUGGAAAAAUGUGGUGCCCUCAGUAAGAGAAGCAGAUCCAGUGAAACAUGCAGAAUUAAGGAAGAAUUUACUCGAACAAUCCAUUCCAUAUUUCUUCUCAAGAUUCAACAAGCAUUUAGAAGAUAAUGGUGGAUUCUUGAAUGGCAAGUUAUCCUGGGGAGACUUCGUAUUCUGUGGGGUAAUUGAAGCAAGCGACUUAUUCUUGGGCAUUGAAUUGGGCAAGGAUUAUCCAGCUGUUGGCAAUUUAGUUAAACACAUCAGGAAUCUACCAGGAGUGAAGGAGUAUGUUAAGGCGAACGGACCCUUCACAAUUGACCUUGAGAGAUUUAAGUACCAAAAAUGAAAGUCUUUGUAUGUAAUGUUUGUAUAAGGAAAAAUAAAUGUGAAUUCUUUUGCUGCA